AUGGGGUCCUCCACAGAUGCCAAGGAAGACGCUGUCGAGGAUAGGCGAGGUGUGCGCCGGCGGCUUUCCAGCCCCAAACGUGGAAUCGAAGAAACUGAGAAGCGACGACCACAGCGGCCUGCCUCAGCACCGCUGUCCGCGCGGGAGGUUGUGCCUCCUGUUUCUCCCUUCGAGAAGAAGGCGGUGAGUGGCCCUUUCUUUAUCAUCACGGAGGAAGUUGCAUGGCGUAAGGAGGUGGGUGGUGCGAACUCAUCGCCCUUCGCCGAGGCGGAGAGGUGCUGGGAGGAACAUCGAGCAACGGGAAAAAUACACCACGAGCCCCCGUGGCGACUUUGCGCAGCGGCCGAGGACAACCGCGAGCAACCGUACUCUCUACAGUGGCUAGACACCGUGGAACUACCCCCGUUGCAGGAGUUAGUUAAAAAGGUUUGCAGCGAAGGAGAAACACGGCGGUUGUGUUGA